AUGUUACCCACAGGUCGCUCCAGACUGAAAUGGAUUGCUCGCAUAUUGUUUGUCAUAGUAUUGGUUGGCCUUUUUGUUCCUUAUUUUUAUUUCAGAAGUGAUGAAUAUUGGCAACAGAAAAACUAUGACGAUGCUAUGACUUUCCACAAGAAAUCAACUUUCCAACCAAGAGCAUCCACCAAUUUUUUACUUGAGUAUAUGUCAAACAGUUUAUUGUCCGACAAGGAAGAAAUCAGAGGUGGCCACAGGGGGAUCCAUUUCCACUGGGAUGACUGGAUCGAUCUUUCUCCAGGCGAUUCCAUUUUGAACGAUUAUAGAGAGACCUUCCCAGAAGGAGAAUGUGAUUCAAGCUUGCAGGAAUUUGGAAAUGUUAAUCCAUUCUGGAUGGAACUGCACCAUAAGAAAUUACUCCGUAGUCUGGUGUUUUCCUACUGCACCUUACCCAUCCCCAAGCAAAUAUUUUUCAUGGGAGACAAUAACUUAAUUAAGGUUCCCGUGAGCUCUAAAGAGAGAUUAGCUAUUGGUAACACACCUUAUAGCAGGGAAGAACUAGUAAAUAAGAUGGUUCUACUUGAAAGCAGCUUGGAUAAGAAGAAGGAGUCCCUCAUAGAGACUAUUCCAUUCGAAGAGUUCCCUAAAACCAUAGAAAUCAAUACCGAGGAGUUUGUAUUCAACCCCGACUAUGAAAUCCUCAAAUUGAAGUCAAAACUCAACAAGGACACCCCAUCAAAAGACGAUGGAGAGAAAUUCGAAAUGAAGGACAUGGAAUAUUUGGAUUUCCUUGAAUAUGCUAAUCUGUAUGUGGAUACAGCUCCUAAGUAUUUCAAGUAUCCAUGGAUCUACUCUGAUCUUUUCAAAGGUCAAGCUCAUCACUUGGAAUUUAAAUUCUUCCGUAGAUACAUCGGUGACCAUGAGAGACAAAGUGUAGUACACCACAUGUCUAGAGCUUGGUUCGAAUUUGCCCAAGCCAAUAAUAUUGUACUGUGGAUCAACUACGGUUCACUCUUGGGAUGGGUUUACAAUGGAGUUAAUAUGCCAUGGGACACUGAUGUAGAUAUUCAAGUGCCGAUUAACGAGUUGGCUAAAUUGACCAGAAGAGGUUUAAACAAUACCUUGGUGAUUGAAAAUCCUCGUUUUGGAAAUGCAAAGUACUUGUUUGAUAUUUCUCCGCUGUUCAUUAGACAGGGAAACAGUAACAAUUUCAUUGAUGCCAGAUUCAUUGAGGUGAACUCUGGACUUUACAUUGAUAUCCUGGCCUUGUCCAAGACCAAUUAUCCUCCUCCAUCCGAAAUAUUUGAAGGACUCACAGAACUGGAAGUUAAACUGGUUAUCCCAGUGAAUUGUAAGAAUUUCAACUGGCAAUUGAUUGAAGAAAUCUUACCAAUCAAAUAUGCGACCUUUGAAGGUGGCCCCUCAUUUAUUCCAAACCAAGUUUCCCGUAUUUUAGACAGGAAGUACGGAAGAGAAUCAUAUACCACUAAAGAAGAGUUUAAAGGUCACAACUACCAGAGUGAUUUGAAUAUGUGGGUGCCAGAUAGAAUUUGUAAAUUCCCGCACUUAACGGAUCCAAGAUUUGUCCUAGGAGACAAAUCAAGGUUAACUUUGGAGGGUGCUUGUGACAGCAUUGAGCUACAAGAUGAAUAUCAAAUAGUCUAUGAAAGUUCCCAACGUCACAUAGCGUUAGAAGACGAGCAAGAUACCCCCGUGUCUUAUAAUAUCGGGAAAUUGGGAAGCUUGCCAAUUCUGAGGAAGGACCCAUGGGAUUAUUUCCACGACAUCAACAAAGACUUGGUCAAACAUGAUCGCUGGUUCGUCAAAGUCAAAGGAAAGGAAAAAUCCACAUAA